UCUGCUAUUUGCCAGAACGGAGAAGACAGGGCUAGGCCUGGGGAGUCAAGGAGGGAGUGUCAGGUUUCAAACUCAGCACUAGCCAUUCAGAAAACAGCGAUGUUGGGGACCCGCCUCAGGCUCCUGGUCUGGGCUCUGUGCGGUGUCUGCAGCAUGCGCAUCAUCAGAGCCUAUCCCAACACCUCUCCACUGUUGGCCUCCAACUGGGGCGGCCUGACUCACCUGUACACUGCCACGGCCAGGAACAGCUACCACCUGCAGAUCCACAGGGACGGCCAAGUGGAUGGCACACCCCAUCAGACCAUCUACAGUGCCCUGCUGAUCAGGUCAGAGGAUGCUGGCUUGGUGGUGAUCUCAGGUGUGAUGAGUAGGAGAUUCCUCUGUAUGGAUUUCAGAGGCAACAUUUUUGGAUCACAUCACUUCAACCCGGACAGCUGCAGGUUCAGGCACCAGACGCUGGAGAACGGCUAUGACAUCUACCACUCCCCCCAGCACCACUUCCUGGUCAGCUUGGGCCGGGCCAAGAGGGCCUUCCUGCCAGGCAUGAACCCGCCGCCCUACUCCCAGUUCCUGUCCCGGAGGAACCUCGUCCCGCUGAUCCACUUCAACACCCCGACGCCGCGCCGGCGGCACACCCGGAGCGCAGAGGACGACUCAGAGAGGGACCCGCUGAACGUGCUCAAGCCCCGGCCCCGCAUGACCCCGGCGCCGGCCUCCUGCUCCCAGGAGCUCCCGAGUGCCGAGGACAACAGCGUGGUGGCCAGCGACCCCCUGGGCGUGCUCCGAGGCAGCAGGGUCAACACGCACGCAGGGGGCGUGGGCGUGGAAAGGUGCCACCCGUUCCCCAAGUUCAUCUAGGGAAACCCGAAAGAUCCUCCUUAACCCACCUUUCUGCCCACUCAGCUUUCUCUAAAGGACCCAGCCCCCUUCACACUCCAAGGUCAAGGUGGAGGGGAUGCGUGCAAUCCCUGCUUCCCUCCAUUCCCUUUCCCUCGGGUCCCCUGAGAAUCAGCCUUUGCCACCUGAGUACUGGGGUUUCAUUUCCCCCACCCUACACCCCCGCUUCUUGGUAUAAGAAACCCCAACAGGUAAAUGUCCCAUUUAAGGGAAGAAAGGGGAUUCCAACCACCCCCACUUCCCUUCCCUAUGCCUCUUCUCUACAUCAGUCUAGCAUUUAGAAGAAGCAGUGGUAGCAGGUUGGGUUUUCAUACUUGCAUGGUGUGGGGAAGGGGCCAUCUAGCAGCUUCUCCAGCGCUCUGUGUUACCUAUCUGGAUCCUACUGGCAUUUGAGUUUGCACACCUUGACAUUAAGAGCUGAACCAGGCGAGUUGAUGAGAACACUAAUUUCAAGUUUUGGUUCUGCCUGGAGUAUCUCUGGGGAAAGGCUAUCAAAGGAGACUGAGGCGGGCUGGUCAAAAGCACAUGGAGAAUGCUCCUGGAACUGAAGCAGAAAUCUCCACUCCUUUGCAGAGUGGCUGCGCUCUGCCUCCCUCUCUCCUUUUACACAACUAGAGCCAGAGGACCAAGAGUGAUUCUGCAUUAGUUCCCAAGUGCCUGAUAAUUUAGCCUCACUCCUUGGCCCCAUUUUUGACUUUAAUGAAUUAGGCCGAAAGAAUAAGUUUAGUUUUUGGUUCCUGGAAAUCUACCCCCACCUGCCAGGAUUUUGCAAAAGGGAAACACAGUCACUCUCUCCUAAGAGGCAUUUAAUUAUGUCUCUACUUGCAGGUUGAGUAGUAAUACCUUUGACAUGAAUUUCAAAAACGUGUCUGGGGAACACUGCAACUGCUCUGGGUUGGACUUUCCAUGGACUAAAAAAAAAAAAAAUGCAAUUUUUUUGUAAGUGAAGUGGAAUCAAGGACUCGGGG